AUGGGGCCCCUCCAGCCUCCCCGGGGGCCCAGUGUACUGGGUACACCCAGCACCAUGAAUGCCACGCUCUCAGGAGAAAACCUCACGUCUGAGAAGCAACCCACACCCUGGUCUCCAGGCUCAACUGGGCCUGCCCUGCCAGGGCCAGGGCCACAGAGCACCCAGCCCAAAGAAUGGGCACAUGAUGAACAAAUUUCAAGCUGGUACCACUCCGCAACCCACCGCCACUCUGGCAGACGGCAAAAAUCCCAACCCCCAGAAGCACCUUUCCCACAGAAUGUCCUCCUGGCCCUGCAGCCUGGUGGGUUGAUGGAGCAGGGAGCCCAGGGACAGGCUAUUUUGUUGGGAAUAAAAGACACCAGUCUCCUCAGCACCUCCUAG